AUUUCUGAAUCAAUUCCAACGAUCUGGAGAUGGCUGAGAAUGCUCCCGAGGGGUCACCUCUAGUAGCUCCCACUGAAGAGGUUCCAGUUGCAGAGGAAGUUCUUGCAGUGGGCACUGUUCCUGAAGAGGAGGGAACAGAUAUUCAAGAUACAGCAGCAGAUCUUGCCACUAAAGAAAUACCCGAUGGUGAAGAAGGUUCAGUGUUGCCAACCGAGGAAGAUCAGAUGUCAAAAGAAGGCCAGGAAGCUCACGGAAAACCAAAAGGUUUAAUAAGCGCCGAACAACGAAAGGCUGAAAAGCUGUUCAAGGUGAAGAAGCUGCUCCAGAAAAAGAAGGUUGAGGAAAUGGCAUUACUGCCAGUUCCUGAGGUCAAAGAUAAGCCCCAAGAACCUGAUGAUAAUAUUCAGGAUGAGAGCUAUCACUCUUUGCAUUCUAUUGGUGAAGAGUCCGGUGAUGACCUCGAUGAUAUAAAUGCCAUUAUCAACCAAAAAGUCCCAUCUCCAGAAGAAGGCGCUGUUAUCGAUGAGGACGUAGAGUCAGUUUCCAGCGAGGAUACACCAUUGCCCAGAUUGGGAAACUCCUUGAAGAGUGAGUUCAUUCACGAGUUCGACAGCCUGCCCAGCAUUUCCGACAUUUCCCUCGAUUCGGAACCAGAACAUGAGACCGAACCGGAGCGAUCCAGAAAAAAGUCCUCAAUCACUGCGGACACCUCACUUGCGGAAAAUGCUGAAGAAGCGGGGGAGGGUGAGUCUGGUGGAUCGUCCGCUCGGGAUGUUGACAUAAAUACGACGACUGAGGCCGAGGAAGAUGAUGAGUCCAUAGAAAUGGACGACUUGCCCGACGAACAGGCGUUGGGAAAGCAAGUAAUCAUUGCUGAGGAGGUCGACACUAUGGCCAUGUUCGCUGUGGCCGUAGAUGCGGAUGUCGAGCUCCAGCCAGAAAUGAAAGAAACAGUAGAAGAACCCUUCUGGUAUCGUCUCACUGUCGAUUUCCUGAACCAUCUAAUUAACACCGUUGUGGCUUAUUCGGAAAACGCCGACAAAAACAAGGAAAACCUUUUGGACAAGGAAAAGAUGAUUUUGGAACUGGCGCGUUUGCUAGACGAUUACACCUACGAAAAAUGUCUGAACACCCAGUUGAAUAAUGUCGUGUGUGACUACUACCGGCGCAUUCGAAAGUUUAACAAUUUUCAGCCACUGUCCGAUGAGGACACUGGCAAUGAGUUCAUCCGUUAUAUACACGCCUUAAAAAUGGUUGACAACUUGAUGGAACGUGUCAAAUUGAUCAAGAUUAGGUAUGGACAUAGUACGGCACGAGCAGCGAUGGAACUGAACGCUUAUUCCGCCGUCGCUUUCAAUGAGGAGCAGCGCCUGGAGGGCUUCAUGCGAAAGACCCUUAUCCGCCGGGAUAUGGAUCGCCUGAAGCGCGCCCUGGACAAUGAUCUUAGGCGUAUGCAGGACUUACGCAACCAAAUCAGCGAGAAGCGCUACGAGCUCAACCUGAACCUUCACACAUUGGCCUUUGUCGAUGAGAAAGUAAUGAAAUUUGAGAGAGUCACUGAGACACUGACCAUUUCCCAAAUGCUAUGUGCCAAUGAAUCCAUAAUACAGUUAAGCAAGCAAUUAGAGGAAAAAUGCAAGGACGUAGCGGUGAUGCAGUCCAACUACAAAAAGUCUAUGAUUGAGGAGACAUGCAUCAGGGAGAAGCGAGACAUGAUUGCCUAUAUGCUAGCUAAGGCCAAGAAAGAGUACGCCGACCGGUUCGAACGGCGAAACAGGCUGCGCAAGGAGCUGACGAGUCUUCAAGUGGAGCAUGCCAGACUGAAGGCCCAGCGGGUAAAGUUGGAGCUCAAGGGAGGUUUGCUCUUUAAGGUUGGACUGAUGUACGAUUAUGACAAAUGUAUGGCCGACAUAGAAAAUCGACGCGCCAAAAUUGCGAAUAUGAAGAAAACAUGCACCGACCUGAGUAAACGCAUUUUUGAUAUCCAAAUUCAUAGGCACCACUCCAGUUUUUCCAUAAACGAACUCCCUUAAUUACAAAUAAUUUGUAAUUUUUUAUUUUCACUAAAAUAUCUAAUAAAAAUUUAAGUGCAUCUUUAUAAA